ACUCAGCCAAUCUCUAUCAUACAAGUCUCUAUAUAAUAUGUAUACACACAUCACACACUCACAACACCAUCAAAUAAUUUUCCCACUAGCAGACUGUAUGAUUUUGUUCUCCAGAACCCAGUUAAAUUCCAACACACCCAUCUUUCUCAGAAGCCAAACGCUCCACAAAGAUGGGAGUUCUUGCAGCAUCUAAGGCAGGCAUGUUGGCUUUCCUUUCUCACCCAUAUUCACUAAUUUAUGCACCCACUGAUUUCCUUUUCCAACCUAUAUAUUUGCGUGGGUUUUCUGGUUCAUUGCAUCUAAUUUUGUUGCUAGUUCUGUUUUUGUCAUGGGUUAUCAGGAAAUUCAAAUUUAGUCAUAGUGAAGUCUCAAAACAGAGUGCUAGCAAAACUAGAAUUUCUUGCUACAAACAAACUCUAUUGUGUUGUCUGGGUCUUUCACUUUUUAAUCUGCUUCUUUGUUUAUUGAACUGUUUUUAUUGGUAUAGAAAUGGUUCGUCUGAUGAAAAGAUUGUAACCUUUUUGGAUUUAGUACUCAGAACUCUUGCUUGGUUAGCAAUCUCUGUUUAUUUGCACACCCAUUUCUCUAAUUCAAGUGAACCAAAGUUCCCAAUUUCAUUGAGGGUUUGGUGGGGUUUUUACUUUCCAAUGUCUUGUUAUUUCCUUGUUAUUUCUUUGUUCUUUAACAACAAACACCAAUCUCUACCAACUCAAUUCUUGGUUUCUGAUGUCGUUUCGGUGGUUACCGGUUUGUUCUUCUGUUGUGUGGGGUUUUUGGGGAAGAAGGAAGGUGAAGAUACCCUUCUUCAAGAACCCCUUUUGAAUGGCAGUACUAGUAUAAGUAAUGGUACAGAGUUGAACAAGUCUGGUGGGGGUGAAGCUAUUGCCCCUUGUUCUAAUGCUAGUUUUUUUAGUAUCCUUACUUUCUCUUGGAUGAGUCCUUUGAUUGCCUUUGGUUAUAAGAAGGCCUUAGACCUCAAGGAUGUUCCUCAACUCGAUCGCGUUGACAGUGUCAAAGGGGCAUUCCCAAUUUUUAGAAAUAAGCUAAAGUCCAAUGAUGGAAAUGGAAGCGAAAUAACCACAAUUAAGCUAGUGAUGGCGUUAAUUUUCACCACGUGGAGGGAUAUUCUAAUCACUGCUCUUUUAGCGCUUGUAUACACAUUGGCGUCUUAUGUCGGUCCAUACCUCAUAGACAACUUUGUUCAAUACCUUAGUGAACGUCAAGAAUCUAAAAAAGAAGGCUACAUUUUGGUUUCUGCAUUUCUUAUUGGAAAGCUUGUUGAGGGCUUGGCGCAGAGGCACUGUCUUUUAAUUUUGCAGAAGGCUGGAAUUAGGGCCAAGGCAGUGCUGGUUGCCAUGAUCUACAAUAAAGGUUUGACAGUUUCGUGCCAAUCCAAGCAAGUGCACACAAGUGGGGAGGUCAUCAAUUUGAUGACCGUAGAUGCUGAGAGGAUCGGUGAUUUUGGUUGGUACAUCCAUGAUCCGUGGAUGGUCAUCCUGCAAAUCAUUUUGGGCUUGGCAAUUUUAUAUAAAAAUCUUGGGUUUGCUUCUAUUGCUGCACUUGUUGCUAUUGUAUUAGUGAUGUUGGCAAAUCUUCCACUUGGUAGUUUGCAAGAGAAGUUUCAAGAUAAGUUAAUGGAGUCUAAAGAUAAAAGGAUGAAAGCAACAUCUGAAGUCUUGAGGAACAUGAGGAUUCUCAAGCUUCAGGCUUGGGAGAUGAAGUUUUUAUCUAAAAUUGUGGAGCUUAGGAAAGUUGAGGAGGGAUGGUUGAAAAAAUCCUUGUACACCAUAGCUAUAAUCACUUUUGUCUUCUGGGUUGCACCUACAUUUGUGUCCUUAGUAACUUUUGGUGCUUGUUUGCUUCUGGCAAUCCCACUUGAAUCGGGGAAGGUCUUAUCUGCACUCGCAAUAUUUAGAAUGCUUCAAGCGCCUAUCUAUGACCUUCCCGACACAAUCACAUUUGUAUAUCAGACUAAAGUUUCCCUUGACCGAAUAGCCUCAUUCCUUCGUCUUGAUGACUUGCAGCCUGAUGCUAUAGAGAAGCUUGAUAGAGGUAGUUCUGAAACAGCAAUUGAGAUAGUCGAGGGUAAUUUCUCUUGGGAUAUGGCUUCGUCUAAUCCAACAUUGAAAGAUAUAAAUAUCAACGUGUCACAUGGUAUGAGGGUUGCUGUUUGUGGUACCGUUGGCUCCGGCAAGUCGAGCUUGCUCUCUUGUAUUUUGGGAGAAGUGCCCAAAAUGUCGGGGACCCUCAAGCUUGGUGGAACAAAGGCCUACGUUGCUCAGUCACCGUGGAUACAGAGUGGAAAGAUAGAAGAGAAUAUACUGUUUGGCAGAGAAAUGGACCGAGAAAGGUAUGAGGUGGUCCUUGAAGCUUGUUCUUUGAAGAAGGACUUGGAAAUUCUGUCAUUUGGUGAUCAAACAGUCAUAGGUGAGAGGGGAAUCAACUUGAGUGGGGGACAGAAGCAGAGAAUACAGAUUGCACGUGCUCUAUACCAAGAGGCUGAUAUUUAUCUAUUUGAUGAUCCAUUUAGUGCUGUGGAUGCUCAUACAGGAAGCCAUCUCUUUAAGGAAUGUUUACUGGGGCUUUUGGGUUCGAAAACAGUGAUUUAUGUGACUCAUCAAGUAGAGUUCUUACCUGCUGCAGAUCUCAUCCUGGUCAUGAAAGAUGGAAGGAUUACCCAAGCAGGGAAAUACAACGACAUUCUCAAUUCAGGGACUGACUUUAUGGAGCUUGUCGGUGCACAUCAGGAAGCUUUAUCAGCUCUUGAUUCCACAGUAACUAAGUCAGUCUCGGAAAAUUUAACUAUAAGCGAGGAAGAUAGUGAUAUGGGGAACAAUCAGAAGCCUGUCCAGAAAGAGGAAACUGAACACAGUCAAAAUGAUAAAGCAGAUGAAAUUGUGAGGCAAAAAGAACAGCUUGUUCAAGAAGAAGAAAGAGAGAAAGGUCGAGUUGGUCUUUCAGUCUACUGGAAAUAUAUCACGACAGCAUAUGGAGGAGCUCUUGUUCCCUUCAUAUUGUUAGCACAAGUUAUAUUUCAGUCACUUCAAAUAGGAAGCAAUUAUUGGAUGGCUUGGGCAGCUCCGGUGUCAAAGGACGUGGCACCUCCAGUUUCAGGCUCUACUCUCAUAACUGUUUAUGUAGCUUUGGCAAUUGGAUGUUCUUUCUGCGUUCUUGCCAGAACCUUGCUUCUUGUAAUGACUUGGUAUGAGAGUGCCACGAUACUCUUCAAUAGAAUGCAUUUCUGCAUUUUCCGUGCUUCCAUGUCUUUCUUUGACGCCACCCCAAGUGGGCGAAUCUUAAAUAGGGCAUCUACAGACCAAAGUGCACUGGAUGUGAACGUUCCAAAUCAAGUUGGGAAUUUUGCCUUCUCAACGAUAGAGCUCUUGGGAAUUAUUGCAGUAAUGUCACAAGUUGCAUGGCAGGUCUUAAUUGUAUUUAUUCCUGUCAUUGCAACUUGCGUUUGGUUGCAGCAACAUUACAUUCCUUCUGCACGAGAACUAGCUCGAUUGGUUGGAGUAUGCAAAGCUCCAGUGAUACAGCAUUUUGCUGAAACCAUCUCAGGAUCGGCAACUAUUAGGAGCUUUGAUCAGGAAUCGAGAUUCAUAGAGACAAGUGUGAAACUGAUAGAUGGGCAUUCUCGGCCAAAGUUUUACAAUUCUGCUGCAAUGGAGUGGCUGUGUUUCCGCUUGGAUAUGUUGUCUGCUAUUACAUUUGCCUUCUCUUUGGUUUUCUUGAUCCUUGCUCCCCCUGGAACAAUUGAUCCGAGUGUUGCGGGGUUAGCGGUGACAUACGGUCUUACUCUGAACAUUACACAAGCACGGUUUAUAUGGAAUCUUUGUAGAGUGGAGAAUAACAUUAUAUCGGUUGAAAGGAUAUUUCAAUACACUUCUAUCCCAAGUGAGCCUCCUCUUGUGAUAGAAACAAAUAGGCCAGACAGUCACUGGCCACUUCAUGGACAAGUUGACAUCCAAGACCUUCAGGUCCAAUAUGCCCCUCACAUGCCGCUAGUGUUACGAGGCCUUACGUGCAGUUUCCAUGGAGGAAUGAAGACUGGAAUUGUAGGGAGGACAGGCAGUGGUAAAUCAACUCUCAUACAGACGCUUUUCCGCAUUGUUGACCCAACUGCUGGUCAAAUUCUGAUAGAUGGUAUUGACAUUUCCUCAAUUGGACUGCAUGAUUUGCGAUCUAGACUAAGCAUCAUUCCUCAGGACCCAACCAUGUUUGAGGGCACGGUGCGAAGUAACCUGGACCCGCUUGAAGAGUACAGUGGCGAACAGAUUUGGGAGGCUCUUGAUAAGUGCCAACUCGGAGAAGAAGUGAGGAAGAAGGAAGGAAAGCUUGAUUCAACAGUUACAGAGAAUGGGGAGAAUUGGAGCAUGGGUCAGAGGCAGCUGGUUUGUCUAGGACGAGUGCUACUCAAGAGAAGCAAGGUUCUGGUGCUCGAUGAAGCUACCGCAUCAGUUGAUACAGCAACAGAUAACAUUAUACAGCAAACACUUCAGAAACACUUCUCUGGCUGCACAGUGUUAACCAUUGCACAUAGGAUUACAUCUGUGGUUGAUAGUGACAUGGUUCUAUUGUUAGAUAAUGGACUUAUUGAGGAAUAUGAUUCUCCAAGAAAGUUACUUGAAAACAAGUCAUCCUCAUUCGCAAAGCUUGUUGCAGAGUACAGUAUGCGGUCAAAUUCUAGUUUUGAAAAGUCGGUAAACAAUUGAAUGAAUCUUUGUUGGGGCACUGGUUUAUCUCUGAUCUUCCAUGAUGAUGGCGAAAAUAGGGCAGUGGUAAUAUUGCUGAGGCAUUUUGCACUAAUGGAUGGGAAUGUCCUCUUUGAAGUUGAUUGUUCAGCUAGUUGUUUAUUUUUAUUUUUAUUUUUUUGUUUUUUGGUGUAGUACUGUGUCAUGGAAAACCAAGUGAUAGGUCAAUAUGCAUGUUCUAGGCAAAGGUUUACUACAAUGCUUUACACUUAAGUUUGAAUAUGGCUUGUGUUGAUUUUGGUAUUGUAAUCAGUACAUAUAUAGAAUGUAAACGUUUUAAUAAAACCCUCUGUAUGGUCUGGCCUUGAUUUCAAACCCA